AUGUCAAACUUGUUAGUGCUGAUGGACGAGCUGCGUCGCGAGCAGUCUCUCUGUGACGCUGUGAUCCGGGUCCAGGACUCGCAGUUUCAUGUGCACAAGCCGGUCAUGUGCAGCAUCAGCCCGUUCUUCAAAUCUUUAUUCACCACCUGGUCCACUCCAGACAACAACAUUUUUGAUAUCCCAGAUGUCUCAGCGGAUUCAAUGCAAGCGUUCAUUGAGUUUGCCUAUACGGGGGCCGUCUCCAUCACCAAAGAGAACAUCACGGACUUGUUCAUUGCUGCUGAUCGCUUCAGUGUGGAGGGUCUGGCCCAGGCUUGCUGCGAUGAAAUGGAGAGGUCCCUAAGUCCCCAAACCUGCGUCUACACCUGGAGGAUAACUGAAAAGUACUACUAUCCUGCAUUGAGACAAAAAGCGUUCUCCUACAUCCUGAGACAUUUCGAAGAGGUGGUGGCUUGUACCAGCUUUCUCCAGCUCUCGGCAGCAGAACUGAAGAUGAUCAUCGAGAGUGAAUUCCUGAACGUGAAACAGGAGAGCACAGCGUUUGAAGCCGUCCUGUGCUGGAUCAACCACUCACCGCAGGAUAGACAGGUGCACAUCCGAGACCUCCUGUCGAAAAUCCGUCUGGCUUUCCUGGACUUUCAGUAUUAUAUCAACCAUGUCAUUGGGAAUGAGCUCAUCAGGCAAAAUCAACAAUGCAAAAACUACCUCAUCCAAUCCACGAAGCAGAUGCUGGAUACGCACCAGGGCUCACUCACCAGGUCUUCCAACUCCAACUACAAGCUGACAUGCCCCAGGGUGCCACAGGCUGUCCUAAUGGCAAUCGGUGGCUGGCACAUCAGAGACCCCACAAGUGCCAUUGAAAUCUACAACAGCCGCUCCAAACGCUGGGUCCUAAUGGACAGUUCUGACGGGCCCCGCGCUUAUCAUGGGACGGUCUUCCUCAACGGGUGCCUCUAUGUGAUUGGAGGGUUUGAUGGCAUAGAGAAUUUUUGCACCAUGCACAAGUACAACCUGGCCACUCAAACCUGGAAUGAAGUCGCCCCCAUGCACACAAGCCGGUGUUAUGUGAGCGUGGCUUUACUGGAUGGGUUGAUCUACGCCAUGGGAGGCUAUGACGGCCUUGACAGGCUGGAAACGGCUGAACAAUACACUCCCGAGUUCAACCAGUGGACAAGGAUCGCCUCUAUGCAUGAGCAGAGGAGUGACGCGAGUGCUGCCAGCCUGAAUGGACAGGCUGGUGGUUUCGAUGGGGUGACCCGCCUGAACACGCUGGAGGUCUAUGACCCAGAGAUCCAGCACUGGCGCUCCCUGCCCUCCAUGAUUGAGUCACGCAGUAACUUUGGAAUGGCUGUGCUGGACGACGAGCUCUAUGUGGUUGGAGGCUUUGGCGGCUUCACUACGACAGCCCGUGUGGAAAGUUUCAACUUUGGGACCGGUGUGUGGUCCAUAGUCAAAGACAUGGAGGUGUCUCGCUCUGCUCUGAGCUGCUGCAUCCUACACGACCUUCCCAAUAUGUCUUUCUACUCUGACACACAAUAUGCCGAGGAUUCCAAAGAGAACUAG